AAAGGAUGCAACAAGAGAAGGAAUUUGGAUUCUGCGAAGUGAAGGAUUAAGUAUUUAGCCGUUUCAGCAUGUUUUCAGGCAUACUCAAAUAACACCUUCCGACUUGAAGGAACUUGGAGGAAGUGCUUAUUCGGUGAAGAUGCAGAGAUCUUGGAACAUUAUACUUCGUUUUCGCGGUUAGUACAGCAGAAAACGAUCAACACAUUAAGCCUACGUAACCUACCACGACGAACAGAUAAUUUGGUACUGGAAUAAAGCAUCAUCGGUGAAUGCAGAGACUGGGGCAUCAAAAACACCAAAAGCCCUUUUCCCCGAAGAGAUCUAUACCUCUUGCGUAAAUCGCACGGACCUCCGCCCGCUAGAGCCUCAUUCUUCACGGUAGGACGAACAGUAAACUACGGCGUGGUUUUCUUUUGCCUUGGGAAAUCAAAGUGGAUCGUGAUUUAACAUUGAUGACUACAUGUAUACAGUUUUGACUGGGAAACAACGAGGCUUUCGAAAUACAAGGCCGAUGAAUGUGUGGACAAACACAGACGAACAAAAUGAUUUAUCCUGGAAACUGAUUACGGGAGUAUGUCCACGUGUUCCUGGCAAGAAGCAAGAAAUUUUCCUCUGAUUACCAAGGACCAUAAUCAACAAAACGGGGGAAGUAUCAUCAUUUUAGUGAACCGUAAAACAGACCAAUUCCGGCAGUGUGAAACUCGACCAAGAGAGGAUCAACGAGUGAAACCAAGCACCGUGAUGAUAAGCUAAGAAACCGCCCGGGGAAUGUAGUACAGUCACCGGUCUCAACAGAAUGACAAAACUCGGUGUGAACGGGAUAGAGCGCCCACAAAACUGACUCAGAAAUAUCUUCAUACUUUUCAUCAUUGAAAAUCUCUGUGAAGUCUUUUGCACAUGCACCACAAAACUCCUAGUGCUAAAACUCUAGUGCUUCUGUAUACCGAGUGCAGACACGCGAUGCUGUUUUCACAUCCCACAUAAGUCCCCUGGCCUUCAUAAGCUAAAUCACCUGGACACAUUGAAGGUCUCGGUUGAAAUUGAUUAAACCAUCAUAUAUACCGCGGUUUGAUUCAACACACGUCCAUAUAACCGAUGGACACACACAGGCAACAGCUCUGACUAUGAGAUACAGCGUUGUUUGAGUGUAUGUCACUACUUGUACCCAAAUUUGCUGACUAAUUGAAUGCGAUACUGAAAUGCACACCGCACAAUUAGGAUGCUCGGGUAAAUAUUUACGGUGAUGAAAUCAAAUCUGUGAGCUACGUCAUCUCAUAGAGCUAGAAGUCGAGAGGUGCUCAGUGUUUUGUCACAAGUUGGCAGUGACCGCCUAGCGACGUGGCUUCUUGUGUUACUGAUGUUUAGCUUGUGGGAUUAAGUGACGACUGACGGGAUGUAUGGCAAUUGUUUGUUUCCGGGGAGGGAACAGUAGCGAUUGGUGCUCGCGUGGAGAGUUCCUGGUAAUAUUGUUGUCAUCAGUGUGUGGAGGUUUAAAAGGCGUGCGUGAACUUGACACGAGGAACAUUUUGGUGAAGAGCCGUCAAGAGAUACUAUGACUGUUCACGGGACGAUGAUGGAUAGCGUGAAUUGCUCGCUCGGGAGUACCGUUGAUUGCUUCAAUUUCACCCAUGAGAACGCCACUGCAGCCCCGCCGCCGGAGACCGGUCCGCGCUGCCGUUGGCCGGCUCCCACACCAAACUGGACAGCCGCAUUUGAGGAGUGGCAAUGGGCGUGGCACGCCCACAUCUACCUGUUCCCCACUCUGUACCUCGGACUGUCCAUCUACAUCAUCGUGUGGUUCGUCACCGGUUGUUCCAAGAAUGCAACAACGGGUAACGGAGGAUUCCGGGGGAACCGGAAGACCUCACGACUAAACGCCACACUACAUGGUUUAGUCCUGGUCUCCUGUGUUACUCGCUGUAUCUUCCUAUACACUGAUCCUUAUGGCACUCGUAAACUGCUCCCUUGCCCCCUUGGCCCCGUUCUGUGGUCCUGCGGCUGGCCUUUCAUCACAGCAUCCAUCAGUGUGCUUCUCCUUGUCCUCCUUGAGACCACUAAGAUGUCGCUGGCACCUCCAAAGUUCCAGAAGCCCUCAACCCUCGCUGCUGUUAUUGUUCCUUCCCUCUGUUUCGUCCUGGUGGCCGAUUUCCUAGUCGCCUACGACAAUUCAACCAAGUAUGCCCUGCUGGUCUGCCAGGCGAUGUUCAUCAUUUGGGGCACCCUUCUGGGGAUUGGCUUCCUGGUGGUAGCUUGGAAGAUGCGCCAUAUCGUCGCCAACUCGAAAGGCUGCUUCACCAGUCAGGAGGUUGGGGUUCAGGAGACAAGUCGCCUCAAACGCCUCAAUGACAUCGUCUUGGCCUGCUCAGUCAUCGCUCUGGCCCUCACGAGCAUCAAUAUGUACGCUGUCAUAUCCAUCUAUGUCUCGCACUUCAGGAGUGGCUAUACCUCACCCUGGAGGUGGAUGAUCUUCCAGACUUGUCAGAGGUUCCUUGAGGUGUCCAUUGUUGUCGUCAUCUUGCUUGCAGUCCAAGGAACCGGUAAGUGGAAAGGGAACAAGGUGGGACCUCCGUCGUCUGCUGCGACAAGAGGGGAAUCUGCGGGUGCCUCACUGAAUAAUCCCGUGUAAAAACCUCAACUGAUAAACAUCACAACCUCAGUGCAAUAGACAAAGGACCGGUGAACAGCGUAAUCAGGACUCUCCUCGCUGUAUGUAAUAAUCACAGACCUUUUCCUCAUAAAUGUGAUGAAUUAAUAACAUUGUAACCUCAUUCGGAGCAUGAACGUUACAUUCUCAGUGUGAUAAACUGUAAUCUUUGGAACAUUUGCAGGAACGUUCAAACCUCACUUUGAUAAAAAAGGACAAUUAUUCGAACCUCACUUAUGGGUCACCCUAACCUCAGUUGAAGACAUCAAAAUCGCAAUCAACACAAUUAAACCUCACUAUAUGGGUUUGUCGAAGGACAUAUGAACCUUGCUGUUAUAAUUGCGUUUCCACCAUCUGAAAUAGUGACUGAGAUGAAAACAACUCAGCCAGCCCUGGACAGGCCUACUUAAUUUUCAUCUUGAUCGACACUGGCGGACUCAUCACACUUGAAAAUGAUCGACAACGGACAUAAUGGUUCACACCAAACCUCACAACACUACACCAAAGUCUCACUGAGAUCGAAAGUGGAAAUUAGACUUUAAAAGCAGUGUACAAUGACUGUAAAUAAUUACAUGUAUGUAUAAGAAAUUAAGUAAAAUGUAUGUAAGUACUGUACCCGUGUGCCAAAAUUGACUUAGAUUAUACAUAACACCGCAACCUCUGAGGUUUUUGUGCCUGGUGUAGAUUAAUUACACUGGAUGAACUAAUCUGAAGCUAUGUGUUCAUCCCGACAACAUUAAAUGCCCAAAAUAUCCUGGGGCAGUUUGGAUCAUUACGAUAUACAAUGUACUUGCACAAGUAAAAAUUGUUCAUAAACAUCUGGUAUUUCUUAACAGUAUCAAUCACAAGUUGUAGAGUUGCAUAAGACUGUGGUUUCUGUUAUGUACAUCACAAGUAUAGCUCAUGCACAAGCAAGUACGUGUACCAAAAAAAAAAUAGCACGAUUGAAUAAUGAAUCAAGUAAGUAAUUAUCAAUUAAUAAUUUGAGCUAAUUACCAAUUAGAUUUUACAUGUGAUUUUAAGAAACGAAAGUAAGUCAACAGCACACAAAAAGCCCCCUCCCCCAUAAAAAAAACAUGUCGUCAAAAUAUCAAAGUUUAAAAUAUUAGGUAUUACGUGUUAUUGUGCUCCCCCAAAAAAGAAAAAGAAAGAUAUUUCCAUGCAUGUAAAUUAAUAUUUUGUUUCACUUAGCGGUAAUACUAUGUCGACAGCAGUGACAGUGCCGUACGGUUGUUCCAUUUUAUAUUUCAUUCCGUCAAAAAAAUAUUACUUGUAAAUCUAAGCACGGUUGUUCCAUUCAUUUCACUCUGUGAAAAAAUUACUUGCAAAUCUAAGCAUCAUUAGAUUAUGGUUAUUUGGAACCAAGGAUAAAACUUUCUGCCACGGCAGUGCCACACACAGCGAAGCAAAUAGGUUUCUUUAUAUUAAGAUUAAUCUCAAUCAUUUAUUUUCAGAUUUGGAAUAUCUUUUUUAUUGAAUCUGUCAUCUAAAAAAAUCUUCAUCAAUUUCUCUGCUGGUGGUUAACAUUCGAGUACAAAGUCUUCAGCCUUGUCACGAUUUGUAGCUGAAUAUUGUGAGCGUCAAAAGGAGCUGAUGAUUAAUGUUACGCUGUGAUUAGAAAAUGUACUGGGAAACACUAAAAUUAUGUUAGAUAAUAACAUAAUACUUGUA